AUGCUUACACAAUCUCUGUCUCGCGCCGCCAUCAUGGCUACUCUCUGUUUCGCAGGCUUCGCGUCUGCUGUGAGAGAGUCUGGCGAUCCCAGUCCCGCUAUCGUCUCACCGUCGACCUCGACCACUACCGCGAGGGUAGGUGAAACCAAGAUAGGUAAGCCUGACGAGAAGGUCAUGGUAUCUUGCGCUGGCCACAUCACACAAUGUGGUGUAUCAGACAAAGCCAAGAUUAUCUACGUACCAAGAUCCACCGACACCAAGACGAACACAAUUGUCAAAACCGAGGUCGUGACCCUUCCAACGUCAACCAAGAUUAUUGAGAGUGUUAAAGUUAUAACCAUCACCAGCGCAACCAAGGGCCACUGUCGCGAGACCCACUAUCUUCCCGGUGACCCGGUUGAAGUCACUGUCGAUGUCCUAAUUGUCACAACCGAGGAAAUUCAACCCAUCAAAGAGAAGGUCAAGUGGGUUACCAGUAAAGUUACCAAGAGUGCCAUCGAACAAUGUUUCCUCCAGAAUAAGACUAUUCUGGGACAAGGUCUGGGAAGCCAGGGAGGCCCCGGUACUUCAUCGACAGCUGAGGCGACACCUGCCAGCUCAUCCGUGGCAUCUGCCCGCUCGUCCGACACCGUCAGCCCUGCCGCAUCUACACAUGAAGCAUCGGAUGAAAGCUACCCAGAUGGUGAACCUGCCCAGGAGCCUAUGGGCACGGAUGAGGCCCGACCCGUAAUUGUCGGGUCAGACGGAGAUAUUUCGGAGUAA